CGCCGAGGCCGGAAGGGAGCGUCAGGGGCGGGGCGGGCUUCCGGGGACGGGGCGGGGCCGGCGUUGGUUGGCCGGCUGCAGCCGGAAGUUGGGAGGUUUGGGGUCCGAAGACGCCGGCCUGUAACAGGGGAAAAGGAGGCUUAUGAGAAGGUUGCCUCUCCAUCCCUUGGCUCCCGGGGACCCUCGGGAAAAACCGAGUGCCCGGACCCUGCGGCCGGCCCCUUCCCCUAGGCUCUCUCCGCUCGAUUUCGCCACCGCUAUGUGGGAAGCGAAUCCGCCUGAUUUGCAGGAAGUAUCAUUGUCUGCCAGUUAACCAGAAGAUCAAGCUGAGGAUGGCAUCCUGGCUGAUCGAACCCAUCUCACUGACAUUUAUUGACUGCCUGCUCCCUGGUGGACAGCUUGCGCACACUCCUUUCGUUGCCUAUAAAUGUAUUAUAACCUCAAUACAUUACUUCUGUGGUUACAGUAUUUUAAAGGAGAUGUUUCACAAAGCAGAAGAAUUCUUACCCAAGACGGCAGACAGCGAGGUGGAUGAGAUGGACACGUCAGACACGCAGUGGGGCUGGUUCUAUUUGGCGGAGUGCGGCAAGUGGCACGUGUUUCAGCCGGAUACCAACAUUCAGUGUUCAGUUAGCAGUGAAGAUAUCGAAAACAGCUUCAAAGCAAACCCUUGUGGCUCCAUUUCUUUUACCACUUCCAAAUUCAGCUACAGGAUAGACUUUGCAGAAAUGAAGCAGAUGAACCUCACCACGGGGAAGCAGCGUUUAAUAAAAAGAGCCCCCUUUUCCAUCAGUGCUUUCAGUUACAUCUGUGAGAACGAGGCCAUCCCCAUGCCGCCACACUGGGAGAACGUGAACACCGAGCUGCCCUACCAGCUUAUUCCUUUGCACAGUCAGACACACGAAUACAAUGAAGUCGCUAGUCUCUUUGGGAAAACAAUGGACCGCAACAGAAUUAAAAGGAUUCAGAGAAUUCAAAACCUAGACUUGUGGGAGUUCUUCUGCAGAAAAAAGGCUCAGCUCAAGAAAAAAAGAGGCGUGCCUCAGAUUAAUGAACAAAUGCUGUUCCAUGGCACCAGCAGUGAGUUCGUGGAGGCGAUUUGCAUUCACAACUUUGACUGGAGAAUCAACGGCAUCCACGGCGCUCUCUUUGGAAAAGGAACCUAUUUUGCUCGAGACGCUGCUUACUCCAGCCGCUUCUGCAAAGAUGAUGUAAAGCACGGAAACACAUUCCAGAUCCACGGGGUCAGCCUGCAACAGCGGCAUCUGUUCAGAACACACAAAUCCAUGUUUCUCGCCCGAGUGCUGAUUGGAGACUACAUAAAUGGAGACUCCAAAUAUAUGCGCCCUCCCUCCAAAGACGGCAGCUAUGUAAACUUGUAUGACAGCUGCGUGGAUGACACCUGGAAUCCCAGGGUUUUUGUGGUGUUCGACGCCAACCAGAUCUACCCCGAGUACCUGAUAGACUUUCACUGAUUUCACAUCCAGGUCUCCACGGUUGAGGGAGCAAUAUUCUUUUUCACAGGGAGGUCUGCUCACCGAUCAUCUAGCCACUCAGUGUUAAUGCUCUGAUCCUUUUGAAGCAGAAAGAGGCCUCUCUGUAAAAAGACACGCUGACUUCA